UGCGCAUGCGCAGAACAGUUACCCAGUCUAUGUGAAGAGACUUGCAAAAAUUUUCACUUCAAAAAGCUUUCCUAGUUCUAAUCUAGUCUAUAGAGAUCUUGACUAGAUCUAUGCUAGAUUAGUUUUGACAAAAAGAAAGCAGUGAAUUUAAAGUAAAGAAAAGAGUGAAAUACAACUGUGGUAAAAUGGCCAGAAGAAUAUUGGAAGCAGAAUUGUUAGCGAAUCAUGGCAUUGCGUCAGCUCCAAUGGGGCCAGGCAAAUCUGUUGAAAUUUUAAAAGAGUUUAGACUACACAAAACCUAUAAUGGUGUUUUUAGCUUACGAUUUAAUUAUUCUGGAGAAGUUUUUGCAGUUGGCUUUGGCGCAGGUGGUAUUCAGAUUUAUGAGACCAAAACAGGAAAUAUGAUGAAGGAACUUAGGGCUUGUCGUCAGGGAGGUUUUGCUGUGAUGGCACUAAAUUUUCACCCUAAAGAACCAGAUAUAUUGUAUGCUUCUUCAACUGAUGGCUGUAUAAGUAUUUAUAAUAUUGAAUCUGGACUGCUGCUUGCUACAAUUGAAGAAACUGGGAAUGAAAUAAACACUUUAGAUUUUUGCCUUGAUGGCUACAACUUUGCCACUGGCGGCAAGGACCUGGUUAUUAGAAUUUAUGAGACUAAAACUAACAAGCUUGUGAAGACAUUUGAAGGUUAUUCUGAAACCACUUUUGUCAUGGACAAAACCAAGAUAGGAAACACGAUGAGAGUUUUUUGUAUCAAGUUCCACCCAAAUAAUCAAUUUAUUUUCAUAAGUGGAGGCUGGGAUAACCAUGUGAAGAUUUGGGAUGUCAGAGAUGCUGAUGGUAUCAAAAGAAAUUUCAUAGGACCACAUGUGUGUGGAGAUUCUAUUGAUAUCCUGGACAAUAACAUUCUUACUGGGCAGUGGACUGCUCUGCGUGCUUUGCAAGAGUUUAAUUACACUACCGGUCUCCUACAUCAAGAAAUCAAAUUUCCAAACACUGAAGGAGCUUUUCUUUAUGCUGCACAGUACUGUAACAAAAAUACAGUGAUUGCUGGGGGGAGUGGCACCAAUAGAGCUGAGGUCAUAGAGAUAGGCACUAACAGGGUGAUUGGUGGUUGUCAGCUGUCUGGUGCUGUCCACUGUGCCGAUUCAGCUCAAAAUGGCCGAUUACUGGUUACAGGUGGGGCUGCCUCAUCAUUUGUCUUAAUGAAAAUGAGUGACUAAAAGUAGGAUUGUCUAUAUACCAGGAGAAGAAGGACUUUGUCACAUUUAAUAAUAGAAGAGUGAAUAGAGUUUGGGAAUCAUGGGGAUUGUGAGGCAGUUCAAUGACUGAAUCAUGUAAUGUUGGCUUAAUUACUGACAUUCCAGUUAUAGUAUUUUUUAUCUUUACAUAUUAAAAUUUAUUAUCUCGGUAUAGUUUUUAUGAAAUGCUCCCUAAUUACUGACUAGGUCCAAUAGUUUUCUUUUAUGUGUUAGUCUUUUUUUAUGUGUUAGUCUUUUUUCAAUUAUGAUUUAAUGCCAGAAGUAGUUCUAGUGAUUACUUUUAGAAAUCCUUGGCAGAGUUAUCCUCGGUUAGACUUUUACAGCUCUUUUUUCAAUCCUCUUAUAGCUUACCUUUAUUUACUUGACCAAAUCCAGUCAAUGAAAACCUAUAAACUAUUGUGUUAAGCCUCUUUCUUAUUAGACCUUUAUAAUUGAAAUUUAAUAAGCUAUCCUAAGAAAUUGUUUUUACACUUAUUGGCUGUCUUUACAUAGCCCUUUAGCAUUUUCAGAUCUAAUAGAUCUAAUUACUCACAUACAUAUCUCACCACUGAUGUUCAUUAAUGCACCAAGCUUUAUUUUAUUUCACUGGAAAUAUUUAUAGCUAAAUAUCUGUCAUUUAUCUUUAUGCAUUGCUUUAUUAUCCCUUUUAUUGUGGUUUGUGUAAAUGACAUCACACAUCAACCUGCUGAUGAGCCUGACAAAGUGACAUCUCUUUUUGCAAAGUUACAACCUUUAUUUUCCUUCUAUUUUCUGCCUAUCUGUUUCAAUAAACAGUUCAGUAUGCUAAGCCUUUGUCUGCAAACAAGUGAAAGAUUGCCUAGCCAAAUUUUCAAAAAUUCAUGCCAAAAUGUUUUAGUUACUGUGAAUUUUAAAUUCGAAGAAAGCAAAUUUAUCUAUCUCAUAAAUUUUUAUAAACAAAUGUGGUUACAGAUCUAGUACGCGAGAAUGUGUUAAUCAAAUGCAAGAAAUGUUAUUAAAACUGCUGUUGUGACAUACUCCUCAUGCGCAGCGAAGGGGUUUAUUUUUAUUAUUUGCCUUAUGUAUUAUUACCUGCACAUUCCGUCCAAUUAUUCAGUAUUUUUGUUGUGCUUUUACACAGUAAAUACAAGAUUCCUUCCAUCUUAUAAAUAAGAUAUUUUAUGCUAUACCGAAGUGCUUGUGAUCUACUUUAAGUGCUUGUGAUAUCUAUUUAAGUGCUUGUGAUAUCUAUUUAAGUGCUUGUGAUAUCUACUUUAAGUGCUUGUGAUAUCUAUUUAAGUGCUUGUGAUAUCUACUUUAAGUGCUUGUGAUAUCUAUUUAAGUGCUUGUGAUAUCUACUUUAAGUGCUUGUGAUAUCUAUUUAAGUGCUUGUGAUAUCUACUUUAAGUGCUUGUGAUAUCUACUUUAAGUGCUUGUGAUAUCUAUUUUCUGUGAUCAUAACCAGGUCUGAAAUGACAGCAGCAUUAACCUUCACUAAAUCAUUGUCUGCUUGACCCUAACAUUGACUGACCACUGCCAAUCCAAACUCAUUUCAUUGACAGUUAUUGAACCAUCUCAUGUCUAUUGGAAUCUUAGCUCCACAAGGAGUGGCAUUGUAGAGGAGGAGCAGAUAAGGAUCUUUUCUAGAUAAGCCCCGCCACUAAUGCAAAAAGUGCAAGCGCUUAAAGUUAAGCCUG